CCCGUUUGAUUGAUGAGAAACCGUGUGAAAGUCAAUUAUAAGAUUCCGGUUUUGUCUUUUUUUUUUUUUUUUUUCUUUUUCCAACGAUUUUUUAGUAGCCAAAAGGAGCAUCAAACACUGAUUGCCCCUGAAAAUUGGAUAACGAAUGAAGACGAUACCAUUUAGUUGACCUUUCUAAUUUUGUUUACACUUCUAUUUUUUCAAUUUCUACACCGAAUCUUCAUUCUAUUUGCUCGAGUGAAGUUUGAAAAAAUGUAUCUGUAACUGUUGAAUCGGUAAAUCGAGGAGCAGUUCCUACAAUGUCAGAUUCCGAGCGAAGAUCAAAAUUGUACGAUAAGAUGGAAAGUGACUUGAAUGAGCAUGGUGCAGCUUUCCUUGAACAUGGUGAAACUUCUCAGUCUUUAUCCCUUUCAGAUCUUUUCACCCUUAAGGAUGGAAUUGUAACUCCUGUACUCAAGGCAGCAAAACCACCAGUACGGGCUAAUGUUUUGUAUUUGAGCACAGAGUUCUCAGUGCCUAUCUCGGAAGCUGUAAAGUCUAUCUUUUCUCCAUACUUCGAUAAAGUGAUCUGGUUUCAGAACUCUAGUUUGUACCAUUUUAGCAUGUUUCAUGCCUCACAUCAUAUUACACCUGUUCCUGCUGCGGAAGUUGAGAUUGAAGCUGAAGCAACUGCUGUUGAAGCUGUUGCAAAGGCCCUAUGCCCUUUGAAAAUCGUGUUAGACAGGGUGCUCUUGACUUCAACUGGUGUGCUUCUGGGGUGUUGGCAGGUAGCCUCUGGAACAGAUCCAGUAACCAUUCGUGCUAAACUGAGAACUGCUCUUCCACGUGCACCCAAAAAUCAACUUGGGCGGCGGGGCAAACCAUUGAAGUAUACAUUGGGAAGCAGAAAAAGAAUGAUGUAUGACAAUGCGAUUCUUCAUACCUCAUUUGCACGACUUCUGGGUCCCCCUAAAUUUUCUCCAACGGAAUUGCAUAAAGCUUCGGAUCAACUUCAGUUUUUUCAUGAGCUUGUCGCCCGCCUUAAUAAUAUAAUCCGUGGAUUUGAGGCAGAUGUUUCAGAGCUCUGGUAUGUGGAGGAAUAUGACGUGUUGGCUCUUGCAUUGAAUGGAAGAAUGAAGGUUCGCAGAUUCAAAUUGACCGCAAGCAAAUCUGAAACUUCAGAAGAUCACAAAGUAGAAGGGAAAGCCUAGUCAUGAAGACAACCUGUUUCAUGCUCCACUGUCUGGUACCCAAAGCCUGGCUCCAAGCCAUCCUCAUACAAGUCUGAAAUGUGCCAGUCUGCCCCAGCAUAAUAUGGUGAAAAAUUUCUAACUCUCCACAACCUUUCUGCCUCUAUAUACAAGCUUGUAUAAUGUAUUAUAUGUAUAAUUUCAAUUCACAGAAUCAUAGUUCAAGAAUUGAUGGGUUUUAUUUCAUCUCAAUGCUGCAAAUGUUGGAAUUAAAUUUUGAUUUCUGUA